AUGAGCGGCGAGGCCGGGGAGGAGCUGGAUACACCGGCCGCUCGCAUCAUGGCGCGUCGCGAGAGCCGCGCCGCGAUGCCGGACCGGCUCAAGGUGGCGGCGCCGGACGACAGCUCGGAUGAGGAGUGGAACGGAGACGACGACGAGGAUGAGGAGGAGGACGGUCGCGUUUACUUGGACGCGUCGAAGUAUGGCCGCGUGCGCUUGCACGCGGUGCAAGGAGCUGCGCAGUCGUCAAAGAGAAAGGAAAGGAAAACAGACGGGGUGCGAGAGGCAAACUGUGUUCAGCCCAAACGGGAGGAGUGCGUCCGUUACACGCCCAACGAGUAG